AUGUCCCUAUCGCGCAGUCCAUCUCCCAGACCUGGGGGUGGCUGGUCAAGUCCAGGCCUUGCGAACAUCAGCGGCCGAUCUAGUCCUGCGAAAUCCUACCGAGGUGCCAAUGGAGCAACCAGUUCAGUCACCUGGGAAUCCGCAAAGGCUAAGAGUGAGGGGGUCAACGGCUACCCAUCCUUUUCGACUCAGAACAAUGGAUUCUUCAAUAGACACUACCGGAACAUCUCGAACAGUCUGCCCAGUUUCAAUUUGGGGUCAGAGAGCAGCUAUGCGGAAAAGGAGAAACUUGGCCGUGGCCGGUGGAUGCCGAGAGAUGGGAGUAAAUUGGCCAGAGUAAGGAGUCUCGUACGACAUACGAACCGCAAGGUGAAAUUACGGCUCCUCAUGGUUCUGGGAAUGAUAGUCAUGAUCAUGCUGUUCUAUACAACCCCGUUACACUACUACUGGCGGAGAGCGAAAUUCCUCGGCGGCGGGAAAAAGCAUGUCAUAAUACUGGCAGCGAACCAAGGUGGUGGAGUCAUGGAAUGGAAGGGCCCAAGAGAAUGGGCCAUUGAACGCGACAGCGUACGAAACAAGAAGAAGUACGCCAACAAGUGGGGGUACGAUUUAGAGAUUGUUGAUAUGAGCACCAAGAAACGAUACGCACAUGAGUGGAGAGAGAGCUGGGAGAAGGUUGACACGAUACGAAAUUGCUUGAGGAAAUAUCCAGAUGCUGAGUGGUUCUGGUGGAUGGAUCUCAACACCUUCAUUAUGGAGCCGACAUAUUCUCUUCAAUCGCAUAUUUUCAGGAAUCUUCCUGCGAAUACGUACCGAGACAUCAACGAGUACAACCCCCUGAACAUCACACAUCCAUUCCCAGCAGCGCACCUGGAUGAGGAUGCCCGCAGUCCUGUUGGAGACGGCAAAGCCAGCUCCAUCAAUCUAAUUGUCCCACAAGACUGCUCAGGCUUCAAUCUGGGAUCGUUCUUCAUCAGGAGAAGCGCAUGGACAGAUCGCCUGCUAGAUGUCUGGUGGGAUCCUGUUGGCUACGAGCAGAAGCACAUGGAAUGGGAGCACAAGGAACAAGAUGCGCUCGAGUUCCUGUACAUCAACCAGCCCUGGAUUCGGCCACAUACAGCUUUCAUUCCCCAGCGGAAGAUCAACAGCUUCCCCCAGGGCGCCUGUUCCGAGAAUGGCAACGACACGCGGAUUCACUACAACGAGAAGGAGCGCGACUUUGUCGUCAAUAUGGCUGGGUGCGAGUGGGGCAGGGACUGCUGGGGCGAGAUGUACAAUUUCCGGGAGCUGAGCAACUAUCUAAACCGCACCCUUUGGGAGAGGUUCAAGGAGGACUUGGUCGCGGUUAUCUGGUUCAAAAUCACGGGGAAGAAGGUCAGACUGUGA